UUAUUCGCUUCAUACUAUAAAAUGUUAAAACCAGUCCCGUUUUUCUUUUCCUUGUUUGCCCUCACAAGUCCGCAAUCUCUCCUCGAUGGCCUUAUCAAUUUCAUCGAAGAAGGCGAUGCCCAAAGCUUCAACGAACCCCCGGACACCCCUGUAUUACUCCCAUCUUACGACUUUAUCAUAGUAGGUGCUGGAACGGCUGGAUGUGUUUUAGCCAAUCGUUUGAGCGAAAACCCCUCCUGGAAUGUACUUUUGCUGGAAGCAGGGCGUCCCGAAAACUACCUCAUGGACCUUCCAGUGUUGGCAAACUAUAUCCAAUUCACCGACGCCAACUGGCGGUACAAAACCGAACCAAGCGACAAGUUUUGCCUCGGAAUGGAAAACCAGCAAUGUAAUUGGCCGAGAGGUAAGGUGGUGGGCGGGUCAAGCGUCUUGAAUUACAUGAUCUACACGCGUGGCAAUUGGCGGGAUUAUGACAAGUGGGCGGAGCUGGGCAACGAAGGGUGGGGCUUCAAGGACGUGCUACCCUACUUCAAGAAGAUUGAAAAUUUCAUGGUACCAGGACCGUACAACGCGUCGUACCAUAACCAUGAUGGGUAUUUGGCGGUCAGCUACUCGCCCUAUAAAACCAAAAUUGCCGAUGCUGUCCUUGAAUCGGCCCAACUCAUGGGUUUGAAGCUGGUCGAUUAUAAUGGGCCCAUCCAAGUGGGCGUGUCCCGGUUUCAGGUGACUUUAAGGGACGGGAUUAGGGAGAGUUCAAGCCGGGCUUAUCUACACCCAAUCAAAAAUCGGCCCAAUUUUCACAUGAGAAAAUAUUCAACUGUGACAAAAAUUUUGAUUGACCCAACAACCAAAAAAGUCCAGGGUGUGGAGGUUGAUACCAAAGGCACGAUUUACAAAAUUGGGGCUUCGAAGGAGGUUUUGGUGGCGGGAGGGGCCGUCAACUCCCCCCAACUCCUCAUGUUAUCAGGGAUUGGUCCCAAGAAGCACUUGACCCAGAUGGGCAUCCCUGUCUUGUCAAAUCUUAAGGUUGGGUACAACCUUCUGGACCAUGUGGCCUUGGGCGGGUUGACGUUCCGUAUCGACGAACCUUACUCCCUAAAAACCGAACGGGUUCUAUCCCGGGAGAGUUUGUUCCAGUUCUGGAACUACCACCAAGGGCCCAUCACUGCCCCCGGUGGGUGCGAGGUUGUGGUCUUCCACGACUUGAAGGACCCAACGAACCCAGAUGGGUACCCCGACAUUGAGCUUGUCUUCCUGGGCGCGUCCCUAAGUCUCGACCCUCUUCUCCAGAAGAACUUGGCGAUUUCUGACUACGUCUACAAAACGGUGUACACACCCAUCGAACGCUUCGAUUCCUUCAUGGUCUUCCCCAUGAUCCUCCGGCCCCAAAGCCGGGGCCGCAUCGCCCUAAGAGACAACAACUACAAGUCGAAACCACGAAUCUUCCCCAACUAUUUCCACGUUAAGGAGGAUAUGGAGACGAUAAUUGGAGGCGUCCGGUUAACUUUAAACAUCACGGCCCAACAACCCAUGCGAAAAAUUGGUACAAGACUCCACGAUAUCCCGAUACCACAGUGUGCCCAUCUGGAGUUCGCCUCCGAUGGGUAUUUUGAGUGCAUGGCAAGGCAUCUCACUUUUACCAUUUACCAUCACUGUGGGACUUGCAAGAUGGGUCCGAGGAGUGAUAAAUCGGCGGUGGUUGAUCCCAGAUUGAGGGUUUAUGGGGUUGAGGGUUUGAGGGUGAUUGAUGCGUCGGUUAUGCCAGAAGUGCCAGCAGCACACACCAAUGCACCCAUUUUUAUGAUUGCGGAAAAAGGGGCCGAUAUGAUCAAGGAGGAGUGGGUUGGCAACAUUGGAGCCGAUUGAGUGCUAAUAACGUGGAAAAAUAAAUUAUUUAAAAAAUAUU